AUGGCCACAGUGGAACCGCCGAACCCGCUGCCUCCAGACGAAAACGUGGGACCAGCCUUGCUGGGCGUGUCUGGUACGUGCCUUGCACUUGUGAUCAUCACCACUAGUGUUCGGCUAUGGGUCAGAUCAGCCCUGCGGUCGCUGGGACCCGACGAUUACACCAUUACAGUUGUCACGAUUCUCGGUAUAAUACGAUUUGGAGUGCAAGUUGCCCAAGUAGCCAUCGGCAAUGGACGACACAGAUGGUACAUCGACACAGAGGACUAUAUGCGCAACAACAUGCUCGGAUGGUUCGCCCAGAUCCUCCUCUUCGCCAGCAUAUGUCUCCUAAAGAUAUCUAUUCUGCUGCUUUUGUUACGCAUCAAAGAUUCGCAGAGGGUAAAAUAUUCGGCUUGGGGGAUAAUGGCGGGUCUGUUCAUUACCAACUUUGGCUGUAUUUUUAUCCUGCUCGCUGAAUGCAGGCCUAUCAGCGCGUAUUGGACUGGUGUGGGCAAUUGUUGGGACCCGCGCGUUCGCAUCUACUACAUCUAUGCCACCAUUGGUUUUUCGAUUGUCACCGACCUGCUGUGUUCCCUAUUGCCGGUUUACGUCAUCUGGAGUAUCAAGCUGCCGAUGAAGACAAAGAUCUCUGUCUGGGCCCUGAUGAGUUUGGGGCUUGUUGCAACUGGCUUCGGUAUCGGCCGAGCAUCUUCACUCGGUGUGGUUACAUCAGAUCUAAGUUGGGUUUACGCUAUCACGGCAAUAUGGUCCAACCUCGAACUCUAUCUCGGCAUUGUCGGUGCCAACCUUGCACUCGGCAGAUCCAUGUACGGGUAUUUCUUCAAAGAACGCGACCAUUCCAAGGUCGGCUCCUCAUAUGGCUACGGCAACGGGCCCAGGUCAACGUCUACAUCUGGGAACCUGAGAAUACCUAGUUCGGGUGCAUUCCGAUCAGGGCAGACACGUUUACCAUCGCACGGUCGAGAUAGUGAGAUAUCGUUGGUGGCCCAAACAAAGAAACAACAACCGACUACGUGGUAUGCUGAUGGCAACACUGACGACGACAAUCCGCCAGGAGUCACUGAGCAUGGUAUAGGGAUCGGACGCUAG